AUGAGGAGACAGACAGAGACAGAGAGACAGACAAGACAGAGAGACACGGACAGGAGAAAAGGACAGACAGAGACAGAGAACAGACAGAGACAGAGAGGCAGGAAAGAGACAGAGAGACAGACAGAGACAGAGAGGACAGACAGAGACAGAGAGAAAGACAGAGACAGAGAGAAAGACAUAGACAAGCAGAGAGACAGACAGAGACAGAGAGACAGACAGCGAACAGAGAGACAAGACAGAGCCAGUAGAGACAAGGACAGAGACAGAGAGACAGACAGAGACGAGGAGAAGACAGAGAAAGAGAGACAGACAGAGGACAGAGAGGACAGACAGAGACAGAGAGACAGACAGAGACAGAGAGACAGAAUAGAGACAGAGAACAGAAGUGAGACAGAGAGACAGACAGAGACAGAGAGACAGGACGAGAGAAAGAGAGACAGGACAAGAGACGAGAAUGAUAGACAGACAGAGACAGAACAGAGACAGGGACAGACAGAGAAGAGAGACAGACAGAGACAGAGGAGACAGCAGAGACUAGAGAGACAGACAGAGAAAGAGGAGACAGACAGAGACACGGAGACAGAGAUGAGACAGAGAGACAGACAGAGAGCAGAGAGACGGACAGAACAGAGAGACAGACAGAGACAGAGGACAGAAGAGACGAGAGACAGACAGAGACAGAGAGACGACAGAGAUCAUGAGAGACAGACAGAGAAUAGAGACAGACAGAGACAGAGAGACAGACAGAGACAGAGAGACAGAAGAGAUCAGCGUAGACAGACAAGACAGAGAGACAGACAGAGACAGAGAGAUCCCAGACAGGAGACAGAGAGGACAGACAGAGACCAGAGCACAGACAGAGACAGAGAGACAGACAUGAGACGAGAGACAGACAAUACGAGAGAAAGACAGAGAAAGAGAGACGACAGAGACAGAGAGACAGACAGGACAGAGAGACAGACAGAGACAGAGAGACAGACAGAGACAGCGAGACAGGACGAGACAGAGAGAAAGACAGAGACAGAGAGGAACAGACAGAGACAGAGGAGACUAGACAGAUACAGAGAGACAGAAAGGAGACAGAAGACAGGAAAGAGACAGAAGAGACAGAAGGGAGACCGAGAGACAGACAGAACCAGAGAGACAGACAGAGACGAGAUAACAGACAGAGACAUAGAGACAUACAUAGACAAGGACAAGAAAUAUACAGAUAUACAGACAGAGACAGCGAGACAGAGAUAG